AUGAACAUCGUUCGAGAACACUACAAUGAUGGUAAUCGUGCCUUCCUUCAGGCCUUCCUGGCGCGGGGCACCCUCACAUUCGAAGACGCACAACCUAUCCUGGCCGGUAUCUUUACCAUCGAAGCCGAAGAUGGCGAGCCCGUCGCUGCCGACCAGGUCACAGCGGAGGACUUCGACUCCUACCUGGAAGCCGCAGCCGAAGGCGUCUCGUUCUUCGACUACGAAAUACGAAGCACGAUCCACCAAGUCACCAAGAAACGUGUCUACGCUCUCGUGAACACGACCUCAGACCCUAUGACACAGCUCGCGACCACAUACAAUGCCGAGCAGAUUGCUUUCACCAAGAGACUCCUAGACGCCAUGUUCGAGACGUACAACUCCCCGCGCAUGGAGCUGAUGAGCAUCACGGAGAUGCAGGCUAUCAAGCUUGCCCGCCCUCCACGACAAAACAACAAUAAUAAUGACGAGAACGGGGAACCCACGCAGACUCAAUCUUCCACGGAUAAGGGACUUAAGCAUAGCGAAGUGGAAGACAUGUUGGCAAAUCUGGUGAAUCAGGGCUGGCUAGAGAAGUCCAAGGAUGGGUUCUACAGCCUCAGCCCGAGAGCACUGCUCGAACUCAGGGCAUGGCUGAUCGACUCAUACAACGACCCCGACGCGGCCGCGCAAGAUUGGCAGCGCAUCAAGUUCUGCGAGGCAUGCAGGGAGAUCGUCACAGUCGGACAGAGGUGCGCGGAACGAGACUGCAAUGCGCGCCUACACAACACCUGCCAAGAAGCGUACUGGCGCACCCAGCGGAGUCACAAGUGCCCCAGGUGUUCAAAGGAUUGGGAUGGGGAGCAUUAUGUGGGAGAGCAGGCAAUGACUAGCACAGAGGCGUACCAAAGGGGCCAUCGGAAGAGUGGUGGGGGCAGAAAGAGCAACGCCGCAGACGGAGCCACGCACGAAAACGGGGAAGAGGAAGAAGACGAGGAUGAGGCAUGA